ACUUGGAGACCAAGGAGGCGUAUCCGCGCAGGCGCACUGGCCCUGGAAACAUGGCGGCGGCUGAGCGGGCGUGGGGAGCUGUAGCUGGUGUAGCUCGUCUGUGCAGGCGGUUCUGUCAUGUGACUCCGUACACCUUUCAGAAACAACCUCUGCACCAAUAUGUCCGAAGACCACCUUUCCCGAUGCGUGCACCCUUGUUUAACACAGUACGGUUCAUGUUUAUUCAAACACAAGACACCCCAAAUCCCAACAGCUUAAAGUUUAUACCAGGAAAGCCGGUUCUUGAGACGAGGACCAUGGACUUCCCCACGCCAGCUGCAGCUUUCCGCUCCCCUCUGGCCAGGCAGUUAUUCAGGAUUGAAGGUGUGAAAAGUGUUUUCUUUGGACCAGAUUUCAUCACAGUCACAAAGGAGAAUGAAGAAUUAGACUGGAAUUUGCUGAAACCAGAUAUUUAUGCAACAAUUAUGGACUUCUUUGCGUCUGGCUUACCUCUAGUGACUGAGGAAACACCUCCAGGAGAAGCAGGUUCUGAAGAAGAUGAUGAAGUGGUGGCAAUGAUUAAAGAACUGUUGGAUACUAGAAUACGGCCUACUGUGCAGGAGGAUGGGGGUGACGUGAUCUACAGAGGCUUUGAAGAUGGCAUCGUGCGGCUGAAACUCCAGGGCUCCUGCACCAGCUGCCCCAGCUCCAUCAUCACCCUGAAAAGCGGGAUUCAGAACAUGUUGCAGUUUUAUAUUCCAGAAGUGGAAGGUGUAGAGCAGGUGAUGGAUGACGAAUCAGAUGAAAAAGAAGCAAAUUCACCUUAAACAAUCUGCAUUUUCUUUGACCACAACCUUUGGAUUUAACUGUACAGAGUCUUAUUAAUCUCUGCUAUGGAAGUUGGUUAAUAAAAUGUUUCCUUCCUCCAGAA